GUGUCGGUUGCCCUCGCCGAGGGAGAGGGAUGAGGGAACUAGUGGUCUUCCCGUGGAUUUUUCGUCAGAAGCAGCAGCAAGGUUAACCUAUCAGGUUGCUCGUAAAAGUACGGAGCAUGUUGAUGCACCAAAGGGAAAAUCAAUGUUUAGUUAUUAUAAGAAGGCUCUCCAAGAUCCAAAUUCUGCUGAAACUGAAACCUUCAGGCUGAACAUACCUGCUAAAAGUGCUCCAGCCAGUGGAUUUUCAAGUCCAGCUCUUAGUCCUAGAAGGAUGAGUAAUGUAGAGUAUGGCCCGUCUUACAACUUCCCUCAAGGAAUGUGGUCUCCUUCAGACAUAGUUUCGAAAGAUUCAAUGCCAGGUUUCUCAAAUCAAACUUCACCCGACAAAAUUAGUCCCGACCGUUUGUCAUUAUAUAGUCCCACUUCAAAAAGUCCUGUUGUAAGGUCACGAAAUCCUAGCGCUCCUUCAUCGCCAAUGCAUCCAAAGUACCCUGAUAACUCAGUUCCAUGGCAUGAGAAUAAUAGCAAUGCAAAUGUCCACCCAUUACCUCUACCACCAGGAGCUUCUGUUCCAUCACAACCUCCUUUGGCUCAUUCUAAUACAUCAAAACCUGAGUCAUCUCCAUGGCAAAAGCAAAAACUCAUUGGAAGUGGCACAUUUGGAAAUGUCUACAUGGCAACACACAGACACACUGGAGCCUUAUGUGCAAUGAAAGAAGUAAAUUUAAUUCCUGAUGAUCCGAAAUCUGCUGAAUGUUUGAAACAGUUGGAACAGGAAAUAAAAGUCCUUAGUCAAUUAAAGCACCCAAAUAUCGUGCAGUAUUAUGGGAGUGAAAUGACUGAAGAUCGGUUUUACAUAUAUCUUGAGUAUGUUUUUCCCGGAUCAAUUAACAAAUAUGUUCGUGACCAUUACGGAGCUAUGACAGAAUCAGUAGUUCGUAAUUUCACUCGGCAUAUACUCAAGGGGCUGGCUUAUUUGCAUGGGACGAAAAACAUUCACAGGGACAUUAAGGGAGCGAAUUUGCUUGUUGAUAUUAAUGGUGUUGUGAAGCUUGCAGACUUUGGGAUGGCAAAACAUUUAAGCGGGGCAGCUGGUGCUCUUUCAUUGAAGGGAACUCCAUAUUGGAUGGCACCUGAGGUUGUCCAGGCUACUAUGAAUAAAGAUGUUGGUUAUGAUUAUGCUGUUGACAUCUGGAGUUUGGGUUGUACGAUUAUUGAAAUGUUCACAGGGAGGCAUCCUUGGAGUGGACUCGAAGGGGCUGCAGCCAUGUUUAAAGUCCUGCAUAAAGACCCCACCAUACCAGAUACAUUAUCCUCUGAGGGCAAGGAUUUUCUGAGACGAUGCUUUUGUAGGAAUCCAGCAGAGAGGCCAACAGCACUGAAGUUGCUUGAUCACCCUUUCAUACGAAAUUCACAUCACCACAGGGUUCAUGGUUCUAUUCAGGCUUUUGCAGGGAUCAAAAUCAUUAAAGAUGACCCUUAUAGCCCAGGGGACCGGACAAAAGCGAAAAGUGAAACAAGUCUGAAAGGGAAACAUUUACCGAACGGUGAGGCCAUCCACUCCCAUCCAGAAACUUCUGAAUCGGCAUCAUCACGAAUCUCUCAUCAGUCAAUGCCUGAGGUUCCUACCUUAUUUUCCCAUGCAAAUCAUUCAAUGCUUAGUCCUUCUGGCUUGUCACACAUUUCAAAUGGGAUGCCUUCAGCUAUCGGAAAUCAUCAGCCGUAUGCACUACCUAAGCCUACUGGAAAGGAAGUUCUCAAUCUUUUCUGACAUUGACGGGAGACUUGUAGCAUAGCAACACCAAGAGAACAGCAGAACAUACAGCGAACCGUUCUGGUUUCAUUUGGGGGGCUGAGUUGUAGAUUAUAGUGUUUUUCUAUCAAUAUUCCCACCGGUCAUACAUGUGCCUUAGCUAUUUGAAGCCUAAAUAGCACAACCACGAUAAUACACGAUACGAGGGGGGCUGUUGUAGAUGUUUUUGCCCGAGCUACUUAUGGAUGAGGGGAUAACAGGAGCUUUUUGUAUAUUGUCAUUGUUGUACACUUGUUUGUAAGUUGAGCUUCAUGAAGGGUUGAAGUUCUCUGUUUCAGGGUUCAAUUUCUAUUAGAAAUUAUAUGUUGUAGCUGUCGAGAUUCAUUAUAGUAGAAGCCUUUUUCCUUUAUCGUGCUGUAUUGUAGUACUGCUUUUACUAACUUUGCUUGUACGCAUUUUUUUUGUUACGUUUGGCCUUUUGAAUGUAUGAAAGAAGGUUGUAAAUUGUAAAGCACAUGACCUCGCCAUUCGAAAUGGUACGAGGGUAUUGUUUUUAAGUGUUUCACGUUUCGUUGCUGAGGCCCCAA